GCGGGUGCUAUGUGCUGUAACAGGUGCUGUGUGGGCUGCUGUCUCGAUGAGCCCAUCAAGAUACCCAUAGACCUCAACGACCAAUCAGAUCUUCUCAAGAGCCAUGAAAUCAUAAGAGUGUCCAAGUUCUACAGGGAGGCCCGCGAUGGGAGGUUCAUCAGCUACCUCACAGAGGACACGAAGACGCUCUACGAUUCCUUCAGGAAAGGUGCUAAGUCAUCCAAUAAUGGACGAUGCUUGGGGUGGCGAGAAGGCCCUAAUAAACCUUAUUCGUGGCUGAACUACAACGAGGCUUUACUAAGAGCGAGAAACUUUGGAUCAGGGCUGGUGGCACUGGGCCUUGCCCCCGGCCAGAAGACCUUCGUAGGCCUCUAUUCCACAAAUUGCCCGGAGUGGAUUCUCACCGAGCAAGCAGCUUACUGUUAUUCGAUGGUCAUUGUACCGCUCUACGACACCCUAGGUCCUGAAGCUACCUCCUUCAUCAUUUCUCAAGCUGAAAUAACAGUCAUAGUUUGUGAAAAUGAUGCAAAAGUGAAUGUGAUGCUAGAACAAGCUCCAAGGCAUCUACGUAAAAUCAUUGUCAUCAAAGAUGCAAGUCCAGCAACCAGACAAAGAGCAAAGAAUCGAGGUGUCGAGAUCAUCAAAUUUGAUGAAAUAGAGAGACUAGGUGCUCAACGAAGCGUACCAGAAGUACCUCCGAAACCAACCGAUCUCUGCACAGUUUGCUAUACCUCCGGAACAACAGGCAGCCCGAAGGGAGUGAUGCUGAGCCAUGAGAAUGUUGUUGCUGCAAUUUGUGCUGUGCUCAUGCAGCUCGGAGAUCAAAAACCGACCUCAGAGGACACUAUGAUAUCUUUCCUUCCCUUAGCUCACAUGUUAGAGAGGUGUUGUGAGAAUGGGAUGUACUUGGUCGGAGGUGGAGUGGGUUUUUAUUCUGGAGAUAUCCGAAGGCUGACAGAUGACAUGAAAUGUUUAAAGCCAACAGUCAUGCCAGCGGUUCCUAGAUUGCUUAAUCGAAUGUAUGACAAACUUCAAGCAGAGACUAAUGCUUCAUUCAUCAAGAGAAUGCUAUACAACAUGGCUCUAAGUUCCAAGUUUAAUGAGAUCAAAAAAGGUAUAUUCCGAAAAAAUAGUUUCUGGGAUAAAACAGUCUUGAGGAAAAUUCAGGAGUCUCUUGGUGGUAAAGUGAGGCUAAUGCUUGUAGGAUCAGCUCCAUUAUCAGCAAACGUUCUUACUUUUGCGAGGUCUGCGCUGGGCUGCAUAAUAGUCGAGGGUUACGGGCAAACAGAAUGUAGUGCUCCCAUCACCCUCUCAGUACAGGGAGACCACACACCUGAACACGUUGGACCGCCUGUAGCAUGCUGCUGCAUCAAACUGGUAGAUGUCCCAGAAAUGGAGUACUAUGCUAGCAACAAUCAAGGAGAAGUUUGUGUGAAAGGAACCAAUGUCUUCCUUGGCUAUUAUAAAGAAUACGACACAACCCUACAGACAGUAGACGAAUAUGGUUGGCAUCACACAGGAGACAUAGGCCAAUGGUUAGCCAAUGGAACAUUAAAAAUAAUUGAUAGGAAGAAACACAUCUUCAAACUAUCUCAGGGUGUAUACAUAGUUCCAGAAAAAAUAGAAAACAUCUAUAUCAAAAGCCAAUAUGUAUACCAAGUGUUUGUCUAUGGAGAAUCAUUAAAAUCAUGCAUUGUUGCAAUAGUUGUACCAGAUGUAGAUGUGGUAAAAAGCUGGGCAGUUGAAAACAACAUUGAAGGAACAUUUUCUGUUCUUUGUGCGCAUCCCGAAGUCAAAAAACUGAUAAUGGAUGAUAUGAUAACAUGGGGUAAAGAAGCAGGUCUUAAAUCAUUUGAACUGGUAAAGGACAUAUAUCUACAUCCUGACCCAUUCUCAGUACAGAAUGGUUUAUUAACACCAACAAUGAAGACGAAAAGACCACAGCUGAAGGCAUACUUCAAACCACAACUGGAGGACAUGUACACAAAGCUUACAUAAUAGUUUAAAAAUAAUUUAAUCAUACUUAUUUAUGUAAAAUAUUUAUUUGUAUUCUAUGUAUAAAACUAUAUAAGUGGGAAUACUUUUCAUAAUAAAUAAUUGUUAGCAUUUAUUAAGAUGGGUAAUCUCUUUUUAUGUAUGAGUAAUGUUUAAGUAAAUAUUAUUUCAUAUAUAUGUAUUUUUUUUUAAAUAUGCUACCUAAUUCCAAUCUCUAUUAAAUAUAUAUACAUAAAAAAGGUAAACAGGAAUGAAACAAAAAUAAAAUUAUAAAACUCUAUAAUUUAAAUAAAAAAUGUUAUAAAAAACACUAUUAAAACAACAUUAGACAUUUUAAAACAAACUCUUCAUUAGAAUCAAUGUACAAAACAGUUAUAUACAAACACAUGAACAUUCUUUACACAAUUAUGUACAAACAAAUGAACAUUCUAAUAAUAAAUAAAUACUACAAGGAGGUGCAACCUUCUCAGAAGGCAUUAGUCGAUAAAAUAUCUGUGCCUUGUUAGACUAAGGACACAAAAAUGACUUAGAAACAAUUUCUAGGAAACAAAUAUCAUCUGAAUCGCAGAUUCGCUCUAUCUCUACUCGGUGGAGAAUGUGGAGCAAUUCUUCUGCUUGGAGGAGCAGACGUCAGUCUUUCCACUUCAGC